GACAGCUGUAUCUGGGGUCCUGCGGUGCGAGGUCAGCUCUCCUUCAUAUCGUCCUACACCGGCUUGCACAAUUUACUCUCUCUUUGUUUAAUUUAGCGUUUUUAGACACAUUUACGACUAUAAACGGCGUCAUGGCAAUUCCUCCCGCCUUCGCAGAUCUGGGAAAAUCCGCUAAAGACAUUUUCAACAAAGGAUACGGAUUUGGUCUGAUCAAACUUGACGUGAAAACAAAAUCUACAAAUGGUGUGGAGUUCAAAACCACUGGAUCGUCCAACACCGACACCAGUAAAGUGACUGGAGCUCUGGAGACAAAGUACAAAUGGUCGGAAUACGGUUUGACUUUUACUGAGAAAUGGACCACAGAAAACACACUGGGGACUGAAGUCUGCAUCGAAGACAAGAUUACUAAAGGCCUGAAACUCAACUUUGAAACUACUUUUUGUCCAAACACUGGUAAGAAGAGUGGUAAGGUGCGGGGAGCGUACAAGCGUGAGUUCCUAAACGUGGGUAUUGACGUGGACCUGGACUUCGCGGGACCCACCAUCCAGGGAGGGGGCGUGGCCGGGUACGAGGGCUGGCUCGCCGGGUACCAGAUGACCAUCGACUCGGCCAAAUCCAAAGUGACCCACAGCAACAUCGCCGUGGGAUACAGGACCGGGGACUUCCAGCUCCAUACCAACGUUAAAGACGGCAGCGAGUUUGGUGGAUCCAUUUACCAAAAGGUGAACGAUAAGCUGGAGACGGCGGUGGACUUGGCCUGGAGCGCCGGGAGCAACGGGACCUGCUUCGGAAUCGCAGCCAAAUACCAACUCGACCCAGACGCAUCUAUAUCUGCCAAAGUGAACAAUGCCAGUCUGGUAGGAAUCGGCUACAGCCAGAAUCUGAGGCCUGGUAUGAAGCUGGUGCUUUCAGCUCUGGUCGAUGGCAAAAACAUCAACGCUGGAGGUCACAAACUCGGCCUGGGUCUAGAACUGGAGGCAUGAGGAAGAUUCAAAACAAAUUAUCCACAGCUACGGAAAUGUACAGAGAGAACUACAAUUUAUCAAACUCUCACCUAAUGACUGAAGUUAUCUGCAUUUAAAAUAUUUCUAGACUUAUUUGCGUGUGAGACGGGCUUAUUUGACCAAUUUGAGGAGAUUUCCAAAUAGAUUCGAGAUAAUUUAAGAACAGAGCUGCUAUUUAAAAUACGUUUUAACAAAGUAUGCAAGUCUAUCGUACACUUGAGCUCCAAAUUAUUAUCAAAAUGUAGUAAUUUUAUCAAAUGAUAUCCUAGUUUUUCAGAUUUCUCAAAGUUCACUAAAUAAUUUUAACAAAAGAAUGUGUUUUGAAUAAAAGGGAAUAACUGAAUUUCAUACAUUGUAAUUAACACUAGUUGUAUUGGACAUUUGUGGAGAUUUUCAUAUUUUCAACCAAAAAACCAAAACAAAACAUAUGUAUUUAGACAUUUUGUAGUUUUCUCUAUCAUUUCCUUAGCUGUUUAAAUUAAAACAAGUAUGAUUAUUAAACUACAUGCCCAGUUCUCAAGCACUUGCGGUCACUGACUUUUCCAUCUUAAGUCAGUUUAUGUAUCUUUAUCUAUCCUCUUCUUUUAUUUAACCCAGGCUUAUUUAAACCAGAGUUACUUGAGUUGCUGACUGCGUGAUGACCUAGAAUGUAACCCACCUUUUUGCACAUCUAGAAAUUACUUAAUCUUUUACUUUCUUUGCACAUUUUUAUCCCAAAUCAAUGAAUAAAUUGUAAAAAACGCGUGUUAAAAAUGCUCCCACAGAGAUGAGGCGAUUAUAUUGUGUAAACGGAAAACUCACUGUAACCGUAAACAUCAGGGGUGGAGACUAAAUAAUGAUUAUAAAUGCGUUUUAAAUCAGAUGCCCUACCUGGAUAAGGUAAACUCUUAUAAUGAAAUGUUAUAACUGAUCUAUUGCUUUGUCACGUUUAAAGGGAUUACAAUUUUUAACCAAAUAUAUCUCAUAAUCUAGUCUUAUCUUCUCAGUGUGAAUGUUUCAAACUAACAAUUUCAGAAAGCAUGAGUUUAAAGGUACACUGCGUACAGUUUCAGGUUGGAGGUGCUGCUACCAUGGAGAUGCUGCACCUGUAAUGUUCCACAAUAUGAUAUUAAACUUGUAUAAGAUGCAUUUAUUCAAUAUUGGGUGUUUUUAUUGCUUGAAAAUACCUUUUAAAAACGUGCAUUCUUGUCCUGGACAUACACAGCGCGAUAUUUUCGAUGGUUUCACUCGGCCCCAGCUCAAACUGUACGACCAAAUCACAGGGUUUAAAAGUUCAUGUUCUCGAAAACCCUCACGAGAGGCGACUGGAUUUCGGGUUUGAUAUUUUUGUGACCUACGAAUGCCGAUCGGAAGCUGGUCGUGAGGUGUUAAUCGGUUCUCGUUACUCCAUUUUUACGACACGAAGCACAACACACGAUUAAGACAACUGUUGCACGAGUGAAAUAUCGGCUCAAAAAUCCCACAGUUUACACCCGGCUUAACUGUAAGUGGGGUCACCUCUUCACAGAUCUCACCCGUAAACCGACCUGGUGGCGUCUCCUCCUCGUUUUUUAUGAAGAUUGAAAAGUUUAAUGCCAUUCUUUGGAACACUGGAGAUAAAGCAAUAACAUCUCUACCAGAAAAGUUACACAGUGCACAUUUAAAGCUGCGUUCUGUAACUUAACUUUGCUUUUCUCUGUGGAGAUGUUGUUGCUUUGUCUGGAAUGUUUCGCAGUAUGGCAUUAAGCCUUUCUAUCUUCUUGCAGACCGCAGUUACAGGUCAGAUCUGUGGACGGCGCUCACAGUCAGAAUCCCUGUUUUUCUAGGUAUUUUUGGAGCUAUAAAACUAGGUAGAGCUGUUUUAAUGUCAUACUGUGGAACAUUUCAGACAGAGCAGUGACGUAUCCAUAGAAACGAGCAGGUGACGGACUCCCAACCAAAAAGUUACACAGUGCUCCUAUAAGAUCGACUUAUUGUCCCAGUGUUCGUCCCCUGAUAUUUACUGUAGAUGAGUUUAUUUUUGACCAUUUUUGUGACUUAUUCCAGCUAUUUACACCUUCAACUGCUGUUUUUUUCUUUCUUUUUUUUGUGCUAAUCUUCAUGAACAAUCACGAUUAUGAGGACUGUGAAUCUGGACAAAACUACAUCUGAUUUGAGUGUGUGCUAACUUUGCAAUAAACAUUUGAAUUUCACCACAAA